AUGAUUUGCCAGGAUUUGAUCAGACACUAUGGAAGGACAAAUGCCAAGGCUAGCUGUAUGAUUAAACUUGAUCUUCAGAAGGCGUAUGAUACUCUUGAUUGGGACUUUUUGGAAGAAAUUCUUUAUGCAUUUCAGUUCCCUGCGAAAUUUAUCAAGCUGAUCAUGAUAUGUGUUCGAACUCCCAGGUUUUUACUUAUGUUCAAUGGUUCUUUACAUGGAUAUUUUGAAGGGAAACGGGGAUUAAGACAUGGAGAUCCAAUGUCACCUCUGCUUUUUGUUCUUGGUAUGGAAUAUCUUUCAAGAAUAAUGAUGAAGAUUGGAGCUAAACAAGAGUUCAAGUUCCAUGAUAGAUGUGCUGAACUCAAACUGAAUCACCUGAUGUUUGCAGAUGAUGUUAUACUAUUUUGUCUUGGCGAUUAUAAGAGUAUUUACUAUAUGUUACAGGGGCUUAAAUUGUUUUCAUGUUCAUCUGGGCUGCAUUCGAAUCCUAAUAAAUCUGCAAUAUACUGCUGUGGCAUGGAGGACUCUGAAAUGCAACACAUUCUUGAUUGCUCGGGUUUCACCAAAAAAGAGGUACCUUUCAAAUACUUAGGGAGAGUAGUUCUGGUUAACUCAGUUCUCAUGUCAAUUCAUUCAUAUUGGAGCCAAGUUAUAGUGCUUCCAAAGCGAACUAUAAGGGAUAUUGAAGCCAUCUGUCGAGCAUACUUAUGGAAAGGAAAUCAGGUUUCACAAGGGUCGGGUCCAAUUGCUUGGGACCAUGUGUGCCAACCAAAAGCAGCUGGAGGGAUCGGUUUGAAAAGAAUAGCAGAAUGGAACAUUACUGCAAUGACAAAAUAUGUAUGGGCAUUUGCAAACAAAGAAGAUAACAUGUGGAUUAAAUGGAUACACUGUGUAUACAUUAAAGGAGAGGAUUGGUGGACUUAUCAAGCUCCACCUCAGGCUAGCUGGUAUUGGAGGAAAUUGAACUCGAUUAAAACACAAAUCAAAGGUGUUAUGGACAUUCAGCAAUUCAUAAGCACCAAAUACAGUAUAUCAAAUGGCUACAAAUCUCUUUGCCCCUCACAAAGUAAAGUGAAUUGGAGUCAUGAGGUGGCUGGAAAGAGCGAAAAUGAGCAGGUUUCGAAAGGCAGUAAUCACUACUGCAGUGGCUGCUCUGGUGUACCAUCUGCUGCCGUCUGGUUUAGUUUGAGGCCGACUGGUUCUAUAGAAGCUGAAGCUGACUGA